AUGAUCAAGGCCAACUUGACCUCAAUGAGUGGGUUCCUCCUCAUGGGGUUUUCUGAUGAUCGUAAAUUUCAGAUUUUACACGCACUGCUCUUUUUGGUGACAUAUUUGCUGGCCUUGACAGGCAACCUUCUAAUUAUCACCAUCAUCACCUUAGACCAUCGUCUCCAUUCCCCCAUGUAUUACUUCUUGAAGAACCUCUCCUUUCUGGAUGUCUGUUUCAUCUCAGUCACAGUCCCCCAGUCCAUCGCAAACUCACUUACGGACAAUGGUUACAUUUCCUACGGUCAAUGUAUCCUUCAGGUUUUCUUUUUCAUCGCUCUGGCCUCCUCAGAAGUGGCCAUCCUCACAGUGAUGUCUUAUGACCGGUAUGUUGCCAUCUGUCAACCACUGCACUAUGAGACUAUUAUGGAUCUCAGUGCUUGUAGGCGUGCAGUGAUAGCCGUAUGGGUUGCUGGGGGAAUUUCUGGGCUCAUGCACACAGCUGUUAACUUUUCUAUUCCACUUUGUGGAGACCGAGUCAUACAUCAAUUCUUCUGUGACAUUCCUCAGAUGUUAAAACUGUCCUGUUCUUCUGAUUUCAUGAAUGAGAUUGCAGUAGCGGCAUUCACGACCUCGACAGCAUUUAUUUGUUUGAUCUCCAUUGUGCUUUCUUAUGUUCGCAUCUUCUCUGCAGUGCUGAGAAUCCCAUCAGCUGAGGGACGGACCAAAGUCUUCUCUAUGUGCCUACCUCAUCUGUUUGUAGUCACAUUCUUCCUCUCAGCUGCAGGCUUUGAGUUUCUAAGGCUACCUUCAGAUUCUCUAUCAGCUAUGGACCUCAUGUUCUCCAUAUUUUAUACCGUAAUACCUCCAACACUCAAUCCAGUCAUCUAUAGCUUACGUAAUGAAGCUAUGAAGGCUGCUUUAAGGAAGGUGCUAUCAAAAGAAGAGUUUGCUCAGAGAAAGAUGGAAUUAAAAGCCAUUUUUAAACUCUAA